CGUUAUCGUGUACGAUACCUUAUCGUAGCGGGCGUAUUGCGUUCCAGCGGCCAGUAGCCGAGUGCGCGUGACGUGUUCCAAUUUCAAAAGUCAAGUGUUCCGUUUUUAAAUUUUUAUAUUUUUUGUUGAUAUUCGAAUUUCGAAAAUCCUAUUGAGACGCACCCGAUUUUUGUCGAGCGAGAUAUGAACAUUGAACGGUGCAUCACAUGGAAUAAGAUUGAAACAUAAGCCUAUCAUUAGUUUAAGGUCAAAAUGUCGCAUCAUUUAGUAACAGUUUGUAUGUUUUGCCUACUUUGUGCUGCCCACACAUGCGGCUCACACAUAGAUAUACAAAAUAAUGGUAUACUAACCUACGAUCCAAGUAUAGAACCGGAACAUACGAUAGUAAAUUUAGAAGAGAAGAGGCGACUAGACUCGAAGGCGAGGUAUCACCAGAAACUCCAGAAGAUCAGGCACAAAGAAAGAUCAAAGAGGGAGUUGAAGAGUUUGAACCCGAACACGUAUUACGUAGAGCAGAUAUUCAGACUGUACGGCGAUGCUCAAAGCAUGACGAUGAAUCUGACGGGCUUCAACAGGAUGCUGGAGAAGUUAGACUUACAUAAGUUAAUAGAGGGAGGGUCUGAGACUACGGACAAUAUAGGUUACAUUGGCCAAAUCGGUGCUAAACAAGACGUUAUAAAUUGCGUCAGCAGUGCCGAACUCAUCACAACCGUGAACACGAGGUUAAAACCUCACGAACACGACCAUGACCACGACCACACACACGAGGACCACGACGCGGAAGUCUUGUCCAAAGACACCCUGCAAAACAUUUGCCCUAUACUCCUAUAUCAAAAACUUGCCAAUACAUCUAUAGAACAGCUCGGAUGUGUCAAAGAAAAGAAUCUACCCAGCAUAAGAGUUGACGGGCGAGAUUUGAAGCGCGCAGACGAGGCAGAAGGCAAAAAUAUGUAUGCCGUCUGGUUGUACUCGUCUCUAAGUAUAGCAGCUAUUAGUGCCUGUGGUCUUUUAGGUGUGGCUGUGAUACCUAUCAUGCAUAAGACAUAUUAUAAUCAUUUGUUGCAAUUCUUGGUCGCGUUAGCUGUCGGCACUUUGUGUGGUGAUGCCCUAUUGCAUUUAAUGCCACAUGCAAUGAGUCCGAUUGAGCACGAGGACACAGCAAUCACUGUGCACUCCCAUGACGACGGUAUGUGGAAGGGAUUAGCCGCAAUGCUGGGUGUGGUCUUCUUUUAUUUCACGGAAAAGGGCCUAACUGUUGUCGUCGAGUGGAGGAAGCGCAGGCAGAAGUUGGAGGAAGAUAAAUUGCCUUCUAGAGUUCGCGUGUUCAAAGAUGACACGGCCGGCGGUUGCUCGGGUGGCUCUAAAGCCCCAAUCACUAAUUCGACCUCCAAUUCUCUGUUGAAGAUCUUCAAGAGGGACGACAAAGGUGAUCCCACAACUAUGACGUGCAAACACAAAUACUCAGGAUACCCUUACUGUUACGACGAAAUUGACACUGAUACUCAUGAUGAUCAUCACCUCAGAGAUGGUCAAAUACCGCCCAGUCCUAAAGCCAACAAGAAUCACAAUAACUCAGUGAGUGUGGUCUCGUCGAACGCUCUCAAUUCGGAGGCGAAAGAAAAUGAGCCAACAGCCAAAGAUUGGCUGUUGAAGGCUGAGACGACUCCAGCUGUGGUGGAAAUGAACAAUAUCAAGCAUAAAGAGGAAGGUGCUAAGGAUUUGAAGGAUGGGGACAGCUAUACAGUUAUAUUAAGGGAGCACUCGCGAGCCCACCACGGGCACUCGCACGCCCACGGCCACGUGCACGCGCCGCCUUCUUCCAUGUCUUCCGUCGCGUGGAUGGUGAUCAUGGGCGACGGUCUACACAACUUCACCGACGGCAUGGCCAUAGGUGCUGCUUUCGCGUCCAAUUUAGCUGGUGGCUUCUCCACCGCCAUCGCGGUGCUCUGUCACGAGUUGCCCCAUGAAUUGGGCGAUUUCGCGGUGCUACUGAAGGCUGGCAUGUCGGUGAAGCGCGCGGUGUGUUACAACGUGCUGUCGUCGGCGCUGUGCCUCGCAGGCAUGGUGUGCGGCGUGGUGGCCGGCGACACGCCCUCCGCCACGCGCUGGCUCUUCGCCAUCGCCGCCGGCACCUUCCUGUACAUCGCCCUUGUCGAUAUGAUGCCUGAAUUGAGCACGUCACACAGCAACGAAGGCACACUGUGCCAGUGCAUCCUGCAACUGAUGGGUUUGGCCAGCGGCAUAGGGAUCAUGCUGGUCAUAGCCAUGUACGAGCAUGACUUGAAAAACUUGUUUGGUUAGUUGUACAUCACGCGUGAACAGAAGUGAUCCCAAGUGUUAUGUGAUCAGAAACGAACAAAAGUGAAGUGGAACAGAGUAGUACUUCAAUACUAUCGUACUAUGUUACUUGCGCAGUAACGCUUUUAUUUGUGAACGCGUCUCUUGCGCAAGAUUUAUAACCGUUUUGUGCAAGUUGUCGCCGUUGAACAGUAAGUGAUGCGUGAUCAGAAAUGAACCUUUAAGUGUUAAUGUAACAGAAGUGUAUAAAAUGUAAAGUGUAAUCAAAGGUGAACAGUGAGACCAGUGGUGCCAAUGGAAUUGUGAAUACCGAGAUUUGAGUUUAUAUUAUGUACCACAAUUAUAUAAGGAAACAAUAUAGGUGAUAUGCAAUAUUGUAUCUGUCCCAUUCGUGUUUCCACCGUGAAGCAGUUGUGUUUGCAUGGCUGUGUUUCGGUUUGAAGGGUGGGGUAUGGCGUGAAUUUACUGGGUACAGAGGAAUAACACCUGAGUCCUCAGGAAUGGCAACGCAUGGGAGGUAACAUGGGUGGAACAGUGUACUCUGUUAUGUCCACGGUACUGCUCAUGUCUAUAGGCGACGGUUACCACUUUCCAUCAGGUGGGCCGUCAGCCUGUUUGCCAUUCUAAGUUGCAUAAAAAAAAGUUCCUUCUUAUUAUUAUGAUGGGUGAAAAUGGUAUGGUAACCCCGCCUGCGCUAACGGGAUACGCUGGCGGAGUACCAGUGAAGGGUGAUAGGUGAGAAUGAAAACAGGCCAGUUAGCCUAUCAUGAUGAAUUCAUCGGGAAUUAACCAUGAUAGUUUCCAGAAGGAACAGCAAGGAGGUCGACCUGGUUGGGUAUAUUGCUAGCAAUAGGAUUCUUAGUCUCCAUUACUAACAAUCCCUUUCCCCCCGCCGUUAAGGUGCAACAAGGUGACAAACAAACUCACUAUCACAUUUAUAAUAUUAGUAAGGCUUGUUCAAGUGACACUGGUCUGGAAACAUAAUGGGUUUCUCUCUAUUUUAUAGACAAGUAUUUUAUCUCGAAUCAUAGAUAUAAUACCUAUUUUUUUUUCUUUAAUACAUAGUAUUCCAGUUUUAAGUUGAGAAAGUUAUUUACUUAUACAACUUUUUUUUUUAUUCUAGCAAUUGUUAUGUAAGCGAUGACCCCCAUAUUACAAUGUCUAAGUGUCCGUUCACACAGACCGGCUCGGAGAGGGUAGCGUAUUUAAUAUAUUUUUUUGAUAGAUAGAUAGAUAUAGCAUUUAUUUAUAUUACUUACAGCACGCAAAUAAUAAAAGAUAUAGAGAGAGACAUGCACAGUGGAAAGAGAUAAAAAAUGCAUAUACAAAAAGCUAAAUACAUAAAAGAAGUGACUUUUUUCAAUUCGUGCGUGAUUGAGUCGUAGAUCGUUGAUAUAAAGUUCAUUUUUACAUUUCUCAUUUACUUUUGUCGGCUCUCAAACAUUCUUAUAUGUGAAAAGAAGUGAGAUUUACUAAUUAAAUUGUUUUUUAUAAAAAAAACGGACUUUAAUUGUGGCAAAACUUAGUUAUUUUGAUUUAUAAAGUAAAUUACAGAAAUGUUUUUGAUAAAAUUGUGAGAUAAAUAAAUAAACAUUAUUAUUAUUAUUAUUAAAAAAAUUACCAGUGGCAGACUUUGUACAAAAGUCGAUUGCUUGGGUACCUCUGUCCCAUUCGUGUUUCUACCGUGAAGCAGUUGUGUUUGUAUGGCUGUGUUUCCGUUUGAAGGGUGCGAUAUGGCGUGAAUUUACUGGGUACGGAGGAAUAACACCUGAGUCCUCAGGAAUGGCAACGCAUUUGGGGUAUCAUGGGCGAAACAGUAUACUCUGUUAUGUCCAUGGUACUGCUCAUGUUUAUAGACGACGGUUACCACUUUCCAUCAGGUGGGCCGUCAGCUUGUUUGCCAUUCUAAGUUGUAUAAAAAAAAAAUAUUAAAAAAAUUCUAUGUAAACAAUUUGUAAGUAUACCUAGAUUAUCAGAUAUAAAAAGUUGUAUUCAGUAUUUUCAGAUAUAAAAGGAUUUUCCAAAUCUGUUUACAACUGACGGAGUUAUGAGGUGACAAACAGAAAAAAAAAUACAAACGAAUUGAGAAGCUGCUUCUUUUCGAAGCCGAUUGAAAAUAAAUCUCAAUGAUAUUUUACAAUUCUACAUACAUACAUACAUAUCUGUCACGCAUGUCUCCCAUUAGUGUAGGCAGAAACAAUGGAACGUCAAAUGCUUCGACUCUAACAAACCUCUCUCGCUUCCUCCACAUUCACCAAUCUUUUCAUACACGCUCGCCGGUUACGGGUACUUUUAAUUUGGCCCUUCUUCAGCUCGUCGCCUAUUUGGUCGACAUACGUCCGUCUAGGGCGGCCCCUACCGACAUCUCCAUUCAUUCUUGCUCGAUAAAUCUCUUUCGUAAUUCUUCUUUCAUCCAUCCUCUCCAAAUGGCCAAACCAACGCAACAUUCCUAUAACGAUUCUAUUUUAAAUAAUUAUCUCCGAGCCGGUCUAUGUGAACGGACACUGAUUGUCCAGCGAGCAGGGCCGUAGCUAGACUCAAGUUUUAGGGUAGGGCAAAAGAACUUUUUCAUUGGGCAGAAGUCGCAAUUCACUUCGAAAAAGCGAAUCUGUUUAAAUUUCUUGGGGUCUUUUCAUUGGGCAGAAUUCACUUCGAAAAAGCGAAUCUGUUUAAAUUUCUUGGGGUCUUUUCAUUGGGCAGAAUUCACUUCGAAAAAGCGAAUCUGUUUAAAUUUCUUGGGGUCUUUUUAUUGGGCAGAAUUCACUUCGAAAAAGCGAAUCUGUUUAAAUUUCUUGGGGUCUUUUCAUUGGGCAGAAUUCACUUCGAAAAAGCGAAUCUGUUUAAUUUUCUUGGGCUCUUGUCAUUUUAGGGUAGCAACGGCCCUGCGAGCGAAGACAGGCGCCUGUUUUAAUUAUAAGUUCAAAGUUAAUAGUUAAAUGAAACAUUUUUAUUUUGUAAACAUUGCUUUUGCGAGAAUUAUUAUUUUAAACUGUGGGCCCACCAUGAAAUGAAAUUGCGAAUUUUCGCGCUCAAUGUCGUGUUUUUGUUCGUACCAUAAUCGACCCAGUAAAUGGAGCUUAACGUUUCGUUCAUCAUAAAUCCUAUCCUAAUAGUCCAAAGGAACGAUAUUUUAAUAUUUUUAAUAAUUUUAAACGGGCCAUGUAUUAUGUAAUUUUAACAUCAAAUUUCUAUUUCGUUCGUCCCCGAAAUUUUGGGAAAAUAUUUCAUGGUAGGCCUUCUGUAAUGCGUAACGUAAAGUUAAUAUAUUAGUUUAAUUAAUAACAAGUUACAAAUAAACGGUACGUUCAGUGAUGAAUCAUUAUUGAUCAUUGAUGAUUAUGAAGGUUUUUUGAUUAAACAAAAUGCUCUUGAGAAUUGUUUCUGUACCACUGAAAAAUAUGGAGUGAAAUUUAAGUGAUCUAAAAUGUACUAUAUUAAGUUAUAUACUGCCUCUGUCCACCGUGCAAGUUAUUUAGCGUGAAGAUAGGGCAGAAAUUACGUGAAAUGAAAAAGUUUCGACACAAACGAGUGUGUAAAAGAUGAAAAAAAAAGAUAGCAAAAGAUGAAAAAAAGAUAGCAAAAGAUGAAAAAAUAGAUAGCAAAAGAUGAAAAAAGAUAGCAAAAGAUGAAAAAAAUAGAUAGCAAAAGAUGAAAAAAAGAUAGCAAAAGAUGAAAAAAUAGAUAGCAAAAGAUGAAAAAAAGAUAGCAAAAGAUGAAAAAAAGAUAGCAAAAGAUAAUUCGAGAAGUAAAAAAUUUUGUAAUAUUUUUUCAUAAAACGUAAAACCGUCUCAUAAACCUAUUUUAGCUAUUUUUUUUGAUGGGUGAAAAUGGUAUGGUAACCCCGCCUACGCUAACGGGAUACGCUGGCGGAGCACCAGUGAAGGGUGAUAGAUGAGAAUGAAAACAGGCCAGUUAGCCCAUCAUGAUGAAUUCAUCAGGAAUUAACCAUGAUAGUUUCCAGGGGGAACCGCGAGGAGGUCGACCUGGUUGGGUAUAUUGCUAGCAAUGGGAUUCUUAGUUUUCCAUUACUAACAAUCCCUUUCCCCCCUAUUUUAGCUAUUGAACAGUUUUGUCUCUUUUGUGAUAAGUUCCCAAUUUGAAAGAAAGAAAACAGUGUUAUAGUUAUUACAUAGAUUUAUUGAAGAUUUGUUUUCGUAAAUAAGGGAUCUUGAUAUUUUUUUUUAUUUUACCUCAUAAAAGGUUCCCCAUUCGAUUGUAUUUUUUUUCUAUGUUUGUCUGUCACCUCAUAACUCCGUUAGUUGUGAACCGAUUUGGGAAUUUUUUUUUUUGUAUCUGAAAGGAUAUACUGACAGAUUGGUCCCGUCGAGAUUUUGUCAAAAUCAUAUUCCAUAUUCAAAUCCACUGUACGAGAAUUGACGCGAUGAAAAAUUUUUACAGGUAAAAAAAAGGUUACCUACGUACCUGCUUCUUUAUUGGCGACGUAUCGUUACAGUAUUGUUUUUAAAUAAAAUUGCUGAUUAUACCACAAUUGUGGAUUAAUUAUUAUAAAUUUUUUGAAUUUUUUUUUAAUGGGUGAUAAUGGUAUGGUAACCCCGCCUGCGUUAACGGAAUACGCUGGCGGAGCACCAGUGAAGGGUGAUAGAUGAGAAUGGAAACAGGCCAGUUAGCCCAUCAUGAUGAAUUCAUCAAGAAUUAACCAUGAUAGUGUCCAGGGGGAACCGCGAGGAGGUCGACCUGGUUGGGUAUAUUGCUAGCAAUGGGAUUCUCAGUCUCCAUUACUAACAAUCCCUUGUCCCCCAAUUUUUUGGAUUAAAAAAUACUUUAAUAAAUUGACAACAAUGGAAUCACUUAUAUUUCACUCUGUAUUAAAUUUAAGAAAACAAUCUGCUUAGAUUAAAUAGAUACUUAAGUUACGUAUCUGAAAAUACAGGACUUGAAACGUUGUACUUAACAACAAAAAAAAAAAAUACGCUAGUUAUAAUAAAGAAUGCCGUGUCAGUAAAACUGACACGUAUUAUAUGAUAAGUAAAUAUAGUUGGUCCAUAAAAUAUGUUACUUUUUACAUAUUAAAAAAAAAAGUAGAUAAAACAUAUUUCUUGUACUUAAAACGAGUUCCUUGUCGAAAUUAAGUGUUAAAAUGUAUGGUUAAUUCUGACCCCCCUACCUAUAAACAAUAAAUCUGUAAAGCCGCUAAUUGCUAUGUAAAACAUUUUUGUAUUGUGCAGUGAGUUUUUAGGUACGGGGGUAUGUUCAAGCCGUAAUAUUGUUCCAAAUUCAAAUGAUCAGUUGAUGUAUUCUUUUUUCGAAAAGUAUUUCUUUUUUUUCUUAACAAUAAUGGAAAGUAUUAUAGACAUUUCAUAUUUCUUAUAAAAUCUGACCAGAAAAUAAAAAAAAUUGCUUUAAAUAUUA